AUGUUCUCCCAAACUGUUAAAUCACAACUAAUUAAACAAUCUAUUAGACGUUAUACUAUCAAUUCCCUUGAUAAUGUUGGACAAACUUCUACAUUAGCUGUUAAAGUCCAUGCAGGUUCUCGUUACGCAGACAAAGAUGGUUUAGCUCAUUUAUUAUCUAGAUUUAAUUUUCAAACAACUAACGAUAAAUCUGCAUUAAGACUUGUAAGAGAAUCUGAAUUAUUAGGUGGUAAAUUAGAAUCAACAAUCGAUAGAGAAUUCAUUACUUUAAAAGCAACAUUCUUAAAGGAAAAUUUGCCAUAUUAUUUAAAUGCUAUUGCUAAUGUCUUAUAUAAGACAUCAUUUAAACCUCACGAACUAGUUGAAUCUGUUGCACCUGCUGCUGGUUAUGACUUAGCAGUUGCUCAACAAAAUCCAAUCAAAAUCGCCGAAGAUGCAUUAUAUAAUGCUACUUACAGAACGGAUUUAGGUAAACCUUUAUUAUUUGAUGGUGUUGAAGAAAUUACAUUGGAUGAUAUCAAAACUUAUGCAAACAAAGUUUAUACUCAAGAAAAUAUUGAAAUUGAAGGUUCUGGUAUUAAUGAAAAUGACUUAAAGAGAUUGGUUGCCGACUCAUUAAUUAAUACUUUACCAAAAGGUACUUCUUUAAAAGUUUCUAAAGAACCAAAAUCAUUUGUUGGUGAAACAAGAAUUAGGAGUCAAGGUACUUCAGUUGCUGCAAUUUCUAUUCCUGUGGUUAAAACCUCCAUUCCUGAAUAUGAAGUGUUAAAAGCAUAUUUAACUUCUCCAAUUUAUCCUUUAUCUGAUGUUAUCGAUACUGUAUCUUUUGAUAAAUUCAAUGGCUCCCAUGGUUUAUUCUCUUUAUAUGUUAAGGGUUCCGAUGCUACUGUUGUUGCCAAGAAUAUUAAAGAAAUCAUUGCCAAUUUAAAGAAAGGUCAAGAUAUUUCUGUUGCUAAAGAGUUAGCACAAGUUGAGUUUGCAUUAGCCAAUGAACAAUCAAUCUUACCAGAAACUCAAGAACCAUUGAAGGUUGAAACGGUGAAAAACUUUAAAUUAGGUAAGUUUAGUUACGUUGCAAUUGGUGAUGUUUCUAAACUACCAUUUUUAGACGAAUUCUAA